AUGGGUAAAUAUCUCUAUACUCUUCUACCCAAUUUCACUACUACUACUCGUAUGAUGAAAAUUCUCCAUUAUUCUACCAAAAACAAUCAUCCAGUUUCAGCAGAAAAGUUAGUUUCUUACUUGGAAGAAACCUGUAUAGAUAUCAGUUCUCUAAAAAAGGUUCAUGCUUCCAUUAUAACUUCAGGUCUAUUUAAAAACCAUGUCUUUUUAGGUUCUAAACUUUGUGUUUGCUAUGCAAAAUUUGAUAAAUUAACUGAAUCAAAAAGGGUUUUCAGCAGUAUUAUCAUAAACAACAGAAACAGGAACCCCAACAACAUAGAACUAACUUCUCUUUGGAAUUCAACUUUGGUUGGGUAUUUCAGAACUGGUCAUUUCAGUGAAGUGUUAAAAUUGUAUUGUGAUUUUAAGAACUAUUCUUCUGAUAAUAUUAACAUAGAUAGUUCAUCAAUCACAUUUGGUUUGAAAAGUUGUAUUGCGAAUGGAUCGAUACAAUUUGGAAGAGGGAUUCAUGUGGAUGCUUUGAAAUAUAAUUUACAUAAACAUAGAUUUGUGGGUUCUUCACUUAUUGGAUUUUAUUCAAAGUAUGGAUGUAGUAGUGAUGCCAGACAAGCGUUCAAUGAAAUAACUGAUAGAGACGUCGUUGUUUAUACAGCAAUGGUUACUGGGUAUGCUCAUAGUUAUGAUUGUUAUGAAGCUUUUGAAGUUGCUAGACUUAUGCAGGAGGAAGGUGGGAUAGAUCCUAAUAGGGUGCCUUUAGUUAGUUUGCUGUAA